AUGGCUGACCUAAUACCCUAUGAUUACAUGCUGCUGCCGUUCUCGUUUUGGUAUCGCAACUACGUGCUCGGCAAACCAGCACCAAGUCCAAGAACGACAGCCCUCAUCUGCCUUUUGCUCACGAUUCCGUCGAUAUUAUUGAUUAUCAACCAAAUCACCGGAGACUUUGAUCCAAGCGUGCUACGAAACUUAUUGGCUGAAAGAAAGCCCGAAUCGCUAUAUCCCGACGACUUCAGUGUGGCUAUCCCAAUAGGACACGAGAAUAUUUAUGAAUUUCGCGUAUUUAUCUUGAUCCUCGGUGUGACUGUUCCGAUGUUUCCAAGCUACGCCAUAUCCCUAUACUAUCGACGGAAAAUAUUGAAGAAGCUACACGAAAACGUACACAUGAGCCGUCGUACGGUAGAAGCGCAGAAAAGCUUGUUAAAGGCUCUCACGAUCCAACUCGUGAUCCCCUGCAUAACCAUGGCCGAGUCGAGCUCAUAUCUGUGGAAGCAGUUCGAGCUACCUUUCUAUGCCCAAAUACCUUACUUUGAAGAAUGGAUCUGGCUGUCGAUGUCGACGAUCAGCGCUCUAAACCCACUAGUAAUCGUGUAUCACGGGCAGGUCAACCAUGAAGACCCCGCUUGGACUUUUGCUGCUCGCCAGCUCGGUGACAGCACUUACAAUUGCGUGCCGGAGAACUCGACCUCCUACAAAUUCCCGAAGGGCUUUCUGUGGAGUACCGCCACCUCGGCCUACCAGAUCGAGGGCGGAGCCUGGGAGGAUGGAAAGGGUCUCUCGAUCUGGGACUCAUACACCCAUACUGCGGGAAAGGUCUCCGACAACAACACCGGUGAUGUCGCCUGCGACAGCUACCACCUCUACGAGAGCGACUUUGCCAUCCUGAAGCAACUUGGCGUCAAGUCGUACCGCUUCUCGAUCUCGUGGCCUCGCAUUCUGCCCACCGGCCUCAAGGAGAGCAAGAACCAGAAGGGCAUCGACUACUACCACAAGAUCAUCGACGGACUUAUUCGCAAUGGCAUCAUCCCCGUUGUUACCAUGUAUCACUGGGACAUGCCGCAACACCUGAUGGACCAAGGAGGCUGGCUGAACCCCCAGAUCAGCACCUGGUUUGCCGACUACGCCGAGAUCCUCUUCCAGGCCUAUGGACAUAAGGUCCCGUACUGGAUCACGAUCAACGAGGCCAAGUCGGAGACGCUGUACGCCUACUGCGGCACCAUCUCGAACCACGCGCCCGGUGGCUUCAAGGAGCACUGCAAGUGGGCCCCCUACCAGGCUGGACACAACAUGAUCCUCGCCCACGCCAAGGCGUACAAGCGGUUCGAGUGGUGCAUCAAGUGCCGGUUGACUGGAGCCAAGGUCGGAAUCACGAACGUCAACGGCUGGACCGUCCCUGCUGCCGGUGUCGACCAGAGCGUCGCUGAUCGCAUCAACCAGAUGCAGAACUACUGGUUCAUCCACCCCUUCUUCACUGGAGAGUACCCGCCUCGUCUCCGCCAGCAGGUCGACAAGCUGUCCAAGCAGGAAAACCGCACCGUCAGCCGUCUGCCGCACUUCACCGAGGCCGAGCAGAAGUACAUCAAGGGAACCGUCGACUUCUUCGGCUUCAACUACUACAUCACUCUCGUCGCUACCCCGAUUGCUAACUACUCCACCGCCACCAGCUGGUACAACUUUGACUGUAUGGCUUCUGGUACCUACUUGCCUGACGAUGUUGCUCCGCGCGUCCCCGGAGGAUGGGUGAGCACUUACGCCGAGGGCAUGUAUGCCUCGCUGGUUGAUCUCUACACCCGCUACAAGAAACCGAUCUUCAUCACCGAGAACGGAGCCAUGGAUGCGCAGCCAACCCCCGGCGUCUACCCGGAGGGCCUAAACGACGUCUUCCGCACCCGCUACAUCAAGGAGCACAUCACCGCCGUCGGCAAGGCCCUCAAGAACGGCGUUGACAUCAUGGGCUACACCGUGUGGUCGCUGAUGGACAACUUUGAGUGGACGGCCGGCCUCGGCACCAAGUUCGGCCUGUACCAUGUCGACUUCACCUCGCCAGCCAAGACCCGUACCCCGAAGGCCUCGGCCAUC